AUGGCGGAGAUUGACGCGGCCGCUGCGUUAGAGGAGUUACUGUUGCUGCAACACGCUUAUGUUAACAAUUCCAAGACUUCCAAACAAGAUAAUUCUUUCGAAAACGUAUUCACGUCAUUUCAGUCAAUGCUAUUAGAUCCAAAGAAUCAUGAAGGGUCAUUCUGGCAGCUCGAUAUUUUCCAAUUGAUUUCUUCUGUACUUACAGAUCAAUUAAGUAGCUGCAUUGGUGAAGCAGUAGAUGCUGUAAUUUCUGAAACGCUGCAGGAUCCUGAGUACGUCUUAAGCUGCGUAAAGGCUCGUGUCGAGACGAGUCAUCAGCUUCAAGAGACUUUAGCGCAAUUACAAAACAUGUUAAAGAGGUCAGCAGAUCUACUUAAGGAAUCAACGGAUAAUAAAUAUGCGGUAACGCUUGAAUCCAAUAAUUCCUUGGCUUCAUUCUGGAAUAAAGUGCAAGAAAAGAUUGACAUGAGGAAGAAAAACGAAUUACUCGCUGAAAAUCAAAAAAGCGUUGAUUCGAGUUUGAACGAUUGCUCAUCUGAAAUACUAAGUUUCGACGAGAACUUCAUGUCAAGGUCAGCAACGAGAAUCUCUUGUAUAGACAACCUUCCUUCUACGAUUCAAAAAAUGCAGAGUACUGAUAAGGUGGAACGUACAAAAGGACUAAACGAGUUUGUGCAGGUGCCAAUGACAGAGAUUCUAAAUUCGGGAUUGCUUUUUCCUGCUUCUUGCUCUGCGAUUGUCACGUUCUUUCUCGACACAACGCGAGCCCACAGAAUUGUGUGCGAUCUGAUGAAUCAAAUUGAAGAUGCAUAUCAGUUCCUUGAAUUGUUUUGGGCGGUUCUGAAUUUUAUUGGAAUGCACGUGGAGAGUGGCGAACUGCUUCUAAUCGAGGAAGACUUAAGUCACAGCACUGAUGUACGUUCAAUUCUUGUUCUCGACUGUUUUCGAGUACUCUACAGGUUACUGUACACUGUCAUGCGACACUGGAUACACUUUUCAGCCGAAGCACUUGCUCAACUUUUGCACUCGAGCUUUUACCUUCUGUCUUUGUAUUCAAAGAAGGAAACUAAAGCCGAAACGGAACAAAGGACUCCUUUGACAAUACUGUUCGUUCUUAAUGAUGAUCCAGUGCGGUGGCUGAUGCUGUGGUUACUCAAUGUCCCCAAUCUUUCACAAUUGUUUCGCGCGAUAGACGAUUCUGGAUUCAUCAUUGAUCUGUUGCAACAUUUGUCUUGUCUCCAGCCAUUAAAUCCAGUGACACCCUUCACUUCACUAAGUGCAAUAUUAGAAAAGCGGACCAUGCAGUGUAUGUUGACUAUCGUUUCAUACAUCUGUGAGUACCAGCAAGGGCGAGAUCUACUAAGCCAGUGGCAAGAAAUUCCUGCCCUUCAAUAUAUUAGACAACGCCAUACAACAUGGAUCCGACCAGCUUUGGAGCCCAUUGCCAUCAGCAAUAAUCUCAUUUAUGGUAAGAUAGUGAUGCCGGCCUCGACAAAGCAAAGCAGUUGGGUAGAAGUGCCGCUUGAUGAUUCGAUGGCUAGCUGCAAGAUCCUUGGGACGAAUGUAAUCGAUGCAAUUAUUCUCUCAAUUGCAACGGUCUGUAUCAUUCAGUUGUUUUUGAUAAGGUAUAAGCGCUUAAUCUUUUGCUUUUUAGCGUAUCUUCAGUUUAUUGUCAUUGGACCGAUAUACUUGCAUGAGGACAUAGAUAAGGCUUUCAAUGAUCGCUGGGCUAUAGCGAGUCUGAAAAGUGCUGCAACUUAUCUGCAUCGUGCAGAUGAUAACGACUUGGUUUCAACACUCCUUAAAAUCGUUGAUGCUUGCUGGACUGCAAAAAUUUCAGGUCACCUGAAGGGUGUGACAGAAGAACGAGAAAUGUGUUCAUGGUUCCCUUUCAGGCAACCGAAUACUCAAAUCCACCAAUUAUUAUAUUCAUGCUUGUCAACACAAUCUCGCGAUGAAGAUGCGAUUUUAAAGCUCCAAGCCUCCGGUCAACUACUUUUGCAAAUGAUCCUGUCAAGCAAAGCUGUGAUUGAUGUUGCUAUUCAGGAUCCUGAUUCACGCACAACAAAACAUGUUUUCGAGUUAUGCAAACGCUUUCUACAGUCGCACUAUGGUAAAGCGACGGACAACAACAGGAUAACGGAUGAUUGGAUCUGUGAGGAGAGCAAACUUUUUGACUUAAUAGUGGAUACGGCACUUCAUCCAAAGAUAUUUAAAGUAGCGAAAACAGCUCAAGUUAUUCAUGAGCUCUGGAAUAUUUGCACAAUAUUCUCCAAACGAAAAGAUGAUAAAGACUUUCUACAUCUGAGCGGCCGUAUCGUACGUUCCGUGUGGCAUUCAGCAAGAGCACUUGACGAGCUAGAUACCGUGAUCGUGACUACCUUUCUACAUACUCGGUCGCAGGAUAUAACAGAGCUAAGUAUUCGAGAGCUUUUGGGCUGCUUAUCAAAUCAAGACUCUGCACAGACCUUUUUCGGUCUUGCCAAUUUUCAAGGAAUGUUAAUUCAGACUAUCUUCGAGCUCCAAGCGUCUACUGACUUUACUUUAGCUCUUAAUAGCUCCGAUGAUGAAUGUCCAUUCAAUCUGAUCACCCCAAUGAGACGCUUGCAAUGGCUGCAAUGCUGUUUGAGCUCACACUUUGCAUGUUCGUCACUACUUUCCAUGAAAACGAGUCCAUUGAUCGAUUUCUUCGCUAAAAUGCUGAUUCGUCACAAAGCAGAAACGUGUUUGAGAUCCUGUUGUGCUGAAGAUACUUGUUGCGUAGUAUUUCAGCUCCUUCUGUCGCUAGUCUCGAGUGUUCCAUCGAUGCUCAAGUGCAGUUCAUUGCUGUCACAACUCAAUGUGAUCGCAUUUAAUGACGAAAGUACACUCCAACGAGGCGCUUUCUGUGACACAAACGACAUUAUAAGUCCCUGCUCGCUUGUUGAGAAACAACUUUGCUACGAAUACAAGUUUAUUGGUGGCCCAAAGGAAAAGUUGUCUCGAUGCGAGCUUUCUGCUUUUAAAGUACACACGAAUGCAUUUGAAGACGUUUACGAAGACUCUAUUGCCAAGAAGCCAAAUCAUUUUAAAUUUGAAGCUGCUUUUGUACUUCAAAACAGAAUAUUUCAGUUGUUUCAGGCCAGCUCAGAGCGUAUGGAAAUCGCAGAAAUCUCGCAAGCUUCGUGGGAUCUUAUUCAUCACCUUGAAACUCAAUUUGAGAUUGAAUUUCCUCAAGGAUUGAGAAGUUCAGCCAGUAUUUUUACUGAAAUCUUUGCUAGACUCAUUUAUUGUCUUGUGGUGAAAAGGAGCAGUUUGUUAUGUUCGACUAAGAAACCAAAAUUCAAGCCUGACGAUACUCAUUGUUCCUCUACCGACUCUGAGCAGAAGUGCAUGAGCCGUUUAUACCAAAACUAUGCGAGUGGACUAUCAUUAGAGUCAUCUUCCACCCUGAUGGAUUCUAUUGUCGAUACUUUUGGCAGUAUUUCACUGGGUUGUUUUCCCGUGACGAUGUUGAUGAUCUUGUAUCCAACCUACGAAGAAGCUGAUAUCGCAAAGUUUUUAUCGUAUUGUUUUGCAAGUUCAUCGACUGAAUUCCAAUGGCUACGAAGCCCUUAUAGUUGCGCUGGAGAAGGUUCUUCAAACACGACAGAUAUAAUUAUUGCUCAGAAAGUGGAACUGAUACUUCACAACGAAUUUCCUCAGAUUAUACACGCAAUCGAUCAGUGUCAAUGUUCUGUAUUGACUCUUGUGAUGCGUUGGCAUAGCCAACAUUUCUGGAACUAUUUAGAUUGGGAAAAUAUUGUCAUCUACACAUAUUUAAUCAUCUUAUACGGAGUCGAUUUUCAAGUUUAUGUGAUUGUCGCUAUUUUGAGGCAUUUGGAGCCCACAUUGCGUGAGUUGACGGCUAAGCACAGCUCGCAAAGUCUUGUACCUUUCCUCACUCUUCUUCGUGAACCAAUCCGAGAUUUUCGUUUUAGCUCGUGGGAAAGUUAUCUUCUCCAUCUACAAAACAAAGAUCACAACAGGCAUGACGAGCUUUUGUCUUCUCCACAAUAA